CUCAAACGUCACUCUCAUUUUUUAAGAAACGUCAUAUGGGGAAAGAGUGGAGAGCUGAGUGGGGAGAAAAUGGCUGAAGAUUGAAGAAUUGGUCUGUUUCUUCAUCCUCUGUUUCAAAUUUCUUUACUGUUUCUAAUAUCUGAAGACCCCCAAUUUUUCCUACUUUCUAAUUUGAAUUAUACCUUGAAAACAUUUAGCGUUUCUUUAUUGUCUUUGAAUGAUCUUGAUCAAUAAAGCAGUGUUUUCAUUGUGCGAUGGGAAAUUUUUUUUUAUCUAAUCUUGAUUUUCACUUGAAUGAAGUUUUCUUUCAUUUUUCAAUGAAAAUGGGUGAAAAUUUUCCCUUAAUUAACAAUGAGAGUCCCCCCAUUUCUCUCUCACUCAAAUAAAUGGGGGCUUUUUUUGUGUUUCUUGAUUUUCUUUUUAGCAUUUCUUUGUUGCAUUUGAAUGAUCUUGAUCAGUAAACCGGUAUUUUCAUUGUGCGAUCGCGGAAUUCUUUUUAAUUUUGAUUUUCACUUGAAUGAAAGUUUCUUUCAUUUUUCAACGAAAGAUUAGUGAAAUCUUCAUUCAAUGAGAGUCCUUCCAUGGGAUUUAUGAAUUCUUUUAUUUUUGUUUCUUUUCUUGGGUGAAAUCAUAUUGUUGGUUUAUGAAGUCUUCUCAUCUUCAGAAUUCUGCAGUUCGUUUCAUUUGUUGGCUAGGUUUAGCAAGAAUCGGGAUUGGGUGAAAUUAUUUUACUAUUGUUUUUGGUUCGGCUUUCAUAUUGCGCUUGCUUACGAUCCCAUAAUUUACCAGGCUUGAUCGGGCUGUGACUUUAGAUUCCUAUUGGAUAAUUUCCGAUCAUACUGCUGGGAAAUUCUGUGGCGCGAGCUAAAUAAGCUUAAACAGGCUAAUGCCCUUUUCCGCAAUAAAUUGCAAUUUCCCGACAUAGAAGACUCAGGGUUGCGGACGCUUGUCAAUCAAAGACAACAUUCUCUUUGGGGACAUCCAAGCCAAAGUCCCAGUGAUCCAUGUGUCCGUCUUGCUGAAAUAGUUCCGUUCAAGAUCAUCAUGGACUGGCUUUUAAUGUAGUUGAUGAACUGCCCAAAACUGUGACACUACAUUAAAUCAGGGUUCUGAUCCAACAAGUAUGGACUUUCAUCCUAUUCAGCAAACUCUACUUCUUGUUCAGUCCUUAACUUGGCGUCAGCAAUUUAAGAUCCCGGUGCAAGUGCUGAUCUUGCUGUGGUUUUAAUGCAAGAAGGACUUGCACACAUCUUACUUGUCGGUAAAAGCGUGACAGCUACUCGAUCAAGGAUAGAGACUUCAAUUCCUCGAAAGCAUGGCCCUGCCAUUGCUGGUUAUGAGUCGGCAUUGAAUAAGUUCUUUGAGCAUGUUUUACAGGCUUUCCUAAAGCAUAUUGAUUUCAGUGUCAUUCGUUGUGCGGUGAUUGCAAGCCCUGGUUUCACCAAGGAUCAGUUUCAUCGUCACUUAUUGUUGGAGGCAGAGAGGAGACAGCUGAGACCCAUUAUUGAGAACAAGUCACGCAUAGUGCAAGCUCAGGAUAUAAAUCGAUCUGGGUGUGCUUCAGAAUCAGUAAUAUCAUCAUCCAGAAUCUCAAUUGCUUCUGCAAGUAUGGUUUCUUUGACUGGUUCAAUGUUAUUCCCUGCUACUGCACCGCAUGGCUCUACUGGGUCUGCUAGAUUCUCUAUUUGGAGUACGGACACAACCUCUUCGUUCUGCUAUAAUCAGAGAAAGGUUCUCUGCGCUUGUAUGGCACCUCUGCGAAACAUAGGCAGCGAUGAAUAUCGAGCAACCAAAUUCAAUGAUUCUUAUAAAUCAAAGCAAUUAGGGACGGUAUUGGAACCAGAGGAUGAUUCUGAUGUUCUAAUUGAAGUGAGUAGACUAGGGAUACCCAACUAUAACUGGUGGUCUGAGGCUUGGUCUCUUAUGUGGGUCGUGGUACAAAUUUCUCCAAUGUCCUACCUGCAGCUACAAGGCUUUCGUCCUUUUCCAAGCCAUUGGAAAGUUUCUACUGAAGGCAGGGCCAUGCAGAACGUAGGAUUGACAGGCUUGACGUUUUGGUCGCCAAAUGUUAACAUUUUUCGUGAUCCCAGAUGGGGAAGAGGCCAAGAGGCCCCUGGUUAGAAGUCCAUUUAUUAUUUUUCUUUUGUGUGCUUUUGAAUUGUGAUAAUUCAGGUAACAAAGCAAGACAUGGAAGAUACAUUUCAACCUCCAUUUAGAAGUUGUGUUUUUGAUGGUAAUGUUGCCAGUGUAAUGUGUUCCUACAAUCAGGUCAAUGGUAAGCCAACAUGUGCUGAUCCAAAUCUUCUUUCUGGGGUCAUUCGAGGCGAAUGGAAAUUGAAUGGAUACAUAGUUUCUGACUGUGAUUCAGUAUAUGAGUUCUUCAAUGGACAACACUAUACCAAAACACCAGAAGAAGCUGCAGCUACAGCAAUAUUGGCAGGUCUGGAUCUCAAUUGCUGGUGAUUCUUAGGCCAGCACACUGAAGUCUUGGUCCCACUAUGAUGAGUCGAAUAUUGACAAGGCUGUCUCAAAUAAUUUUGCUACUAUGAUGAGACUUGGUUUUUUUUAUGGUGGUCCUACCAAGCAAAUCUAUUGAAAUCUUGGUCCAAAACAUGGUAUCCACUAUCAUUCAUGAACAUGAGAACAGAUCCUUUGACGGGCUAUCCAGGCAGAACCUACAGAUUUCAUACUGGAGAAACUGUUUAUUCAUCCAAGAGCUCCAAGCAUAGCCCAUCUGCAGUGAAUCACUUCAAGCUCACGGGUCUUGACAAAAGUUUUUGAGUCAGCACAGAGACCAACAGUAUCCCAUCCAUAGUCACCUGGGAACUCACUAGUCAAGUAAGACGGAAGCUCACUGGAGAAUGGACAUGGCCAUUGCCCAUGAGCUUAGGGGCAAAGGAGAAGAGCUUCACCGUCUUGCUAGUGGAAGUGGUGGGUGGAAAAGAGAAGGGGUCCAAUGGAUAUUAAUAGAUAGUUCGGGAUGGAUUUCCUUAUCUCAGUGAAAUCUAGGUUCAGGAUUCCAUAAGAGGGGUAUUUAAAUCUGUCACUUCAUUGGAAGUUGUAGAUUUUAUUUGUUUGUUCUUUUUAUCCUAUAUGAUAUUCUUUGGACCGCUAAAUUCUUAUAUUUAUUUAUUGUUCA